AGGCUCUGGAAGGCAGUAUGGCUGCUCCUAAUGUGUGUGCAAGGGGGAGUUUCUCUGUUCGCAUGUGAAUGUGAGGGAAAGAGAGAGAGAGCGCUACUGUAGAGCUGCCUGGGAAAGCGGAGAGGAGUGGACGGAGCUGAGGAAAAAAGCGGCUCUGAGGAGAAGAGAGGGAGCUACUGCAACACACAGGAAGAAUAGGAGGGCAGGACGGGGGAGUGUGGAGCCAUUAAGGAAUACACAGAACACGGGGAGGACUGGAUUCAGUGCUGGUGCAUUGAGUGCCGGGGCUGUUCGCUGCUGGCGCCCCAGCUGUCUGCCUUUUGUGGCUCACAUGAGGAUUAUUUUGCGGCUGACUGAGGCUAAUGACGGGCACAGGAAAAUGACGAGAGCCAUGUGAGGAAAAUUUAAAUUCUUAGACACAGUGAAUGCCAAAGGGAGCUCGGGUUGUAUUUCUCUUUCCCUAUUCCGUUGUAAUGGAACAACAGAGACUAAAGUGUUGGACGGUAAAUCCUGUCAGUCUCCAGCAUCGAACAGCCUCUGCAAUCCUUCUGGUUUUGGCCCUGUUGUCUCUGGAAUUUCAUGAUGCUUCUCUCAUCAACACAUUCCAUGCUGAGCAACGAGACUGGACUUUUAGUCAUCUGACUGUGCAUCGGAGUACAGGGGCAGUAUACUUGGGUGCAGUAAAUCGGAUAUAUAAGCUAUCAGGAAAUUUGACCCUCUUGGUAUCUCAUACUACAGGUCCUGGAGAGGACAACAAGUCAUGCUAUCCUCCUCAGAAUGUCCAGCCAUGUAGUGAACCUCGUACACUAACCAACAAUGUGAACAAACUGCUGAUUAUUGAUUAUUCAGAGAACCGACUGUUGGCUUGUGGAAGUUUGUACCAAGGUGUAUGUAAACUUCUCCGUCUUGAUGAUCUUUUCAUUUUAGUAGAACCAUCCCAUAAGAAGGAGCACUACCUCUCUAGUGUCAAUGAGACCGGAACAAUGUAUGGUGUAAUUGUUCAAACUGAAGGACCGGAUGGGAAACUGUUUAUUGGAACCGCAGUGGAUGGCAAACAAGAUUAUUUUCCAACUCUUUCAAGUCGCAAGUUGCCCAGGGACCCAGAAUCUUCUCAUAUGUUGGAUUAUGAACUGUACAGUGACUUUGUGUCAUCCCUCAUAAAGAUUCCUUCAGAUACUCUGGCUUUGGUCUCCCACUUUGAUAUAUUUUAUAUUUAUGGUUUUGAGAGUGGCAACUAUGUCUAUUUUCUCACUGUGCAACCAGAAACUCCAGAAGGUAUUUCCAGCAAUUCUGCUAAUGAUUUAUUCUACACCUCGCGUAUCGUAAGGUUAUGUAAAAAUGACCCAAAAUUUCACUCCUAUGUUUCUUUGCCAAUUGGAUGCACCAAGAAUGGGGCCGAAUAUAGGCUUCUGCAAGCGGCCUAUCUAACCAAACCAGGUGCCACGCUUGCUAGGUCCUUAAAAGUCUCAGUUCAGGAUGAUGUGCUAUUUGCUAUUUUCUCUAAAGGUCAAAAGCAGUAUCACAAUCCACCAGAUGACUCCACGCUCUGCGUUUUCCCCAUCAAGACUAUUAAUGGACUUAUAAAAGAGAGACUACAGUCUUGUUAUCAAGGUGAAGGAAAUCUGGAGUUAAAUUGGCUUCUAGGAAAAGAUGUGCAGUGCACAAAAGCUCCAGUACCCAUUGAUGACAACUUCUGUGGUUUGGAUAUUAACCAACCCUUGGGCGGACUAAACUUGGUUGAGGGUGUUACAUUAUAUACAGAAAGCAGAGACAGGAUGACCUCUCUGACCUCCUACAUCUACAACAAUUACAGUGUGGUGUUUGUGGGAACCAAAAGUGGCAAAAUUAAAAAGAUUCGUGCAGAUGGUCCUCCGUAUGGUGGCAUUCAGUAUGAAGUGGUAACGGUGAUGAGAGAUGGAAGUCCCAUUCUAAGAGACAUUGCUUUUUCCUCUGACAACACAUACCUUUAUGUUAUGUCGGAGAGGCAGGUGUCCAGAGUUCCGGUAGAGUUAUGUGAGCAAUAUACUACAUGCGGGGAGUGCUUGAGUUCUGGGGAUCCUCAUUGUGGCUGGUGUGUUUUGAAUAACAUGUGUUCUCGGAAGGAUAAAUGUGAACGUGCAGUGGAACCUUCACGGUUUGCUUCUAAAAUAGAACAGUGUGUUAAGGUCACUGUGAACCCCAACAGCCUUCCAGUUUCUGAGCACAGCCUUCCGCUCACUCUGGAAGUCACUGAUGUCCCAGAUCUUUCUGUUGGGGUAACUUGCUCAUUUGGUAACAUUACUCAGGUCGAGGGGCAAGUGUCUGGCAAUAAAAUUGUUUGUGUUUCACCAUCCUCAAAAGACGUACCCAUCAUUCCUGCAGAUCAAGACUGGUAUGGUGUGGAACUUCAACUGAUUUCCAAAGAGACCGGAAAGAUUUUUGUGAGCACAGACUUCAAAUUCUACAACUGCAGUGGUCAUCAACUGUGCUUGUCCUGUGUGAAUAGUGCAUUUCGCUGCCACUGGUGCAAAUACCGCAACCUCUGCACUCAUGAUCCAACUACAUGCUCUUUUCAGGAAGGCCGUGUCAACGUCUCUGAGGACUGCCCACAGCUUGUACCCACAGAAGAGAUCUUGAUCCCAGUUGGGGAAGUGAAGCCAAUCACGCUUAAGGCCAGAAACCUGCCCCAGCCACAAUCAGGCCAGAGGGGUUAUGAGUGUGUUCUAAACAUACAGGGUGUGAUGCACAGAAUGCCUGCUUUGCGCUUCAACAGCUCUAGUGUCCAGUGCCAGAAUAGUUCGUAUUUUUAUGAGGGAAUGGAUAUAAGUGACCUGCCUGUGGUUUUCUCGGUCGUCUGGAAUGGAAAUUUCAUCAUUGACAAUCCACAUGAUAUCAAAGUUCAUCUAUACAAAUGUUCGGCUCAAAGAGAAAGCUGUGGUCUCUGCCUCAAAGCUGAUCAUAAAUAUGAAUGUGGAUGGUGCAUUGGGGAAGGACGGUGUACCCUGCAACAUCAUUGUAUAUCUAACCAAAACCGGUGGCUGGACUGGUCCAGUAGGAAUGUAAAGUGCACCAACCCACGCAUUACUGAGAUUCUCACUGUGUCUGGACCACCUGAAGGAGGCACCCUAGUGACAAUCCGUGGAAUGAAUCUUGGGUUGGACUUCUCUGAGAUUGCUCACAAUGUGCUCGUAGCUGGAGUACAGUGCACUCCAGUGCAGGAGGAAUACAUAAUCGCAGAACAGAUUGUGUGUGAAAUGGGUCCAGCUCAAAAUGCAUUCAGCUCUGGACCAGUGCUUCUUUGCGUUGGAGAAUGUAAACCAGAGUUCAUGGCACGAUCCUUGCAGCAGUACAGCUUUGUGAAUCCAACAGUUUCACAUCUUAGCCCAAGCAGGGGUCCUGAAUCUGGGGGUACCAUGAUAACGAUAACAGGCUAUAAUCUUGGAGCUGGUAGUACCGUUUCUAUCCGCUUUGGAAACCAAACCUGUGAAUUUUAUGGGAGGUCUCUUAACGAAAUUGUGUGUGUGUCUGCUCCAUCUAUUUAUGGCAUGGGUCCAGUUCAUGUGUUUGUCAGCGUGGACAGAGCCCAGAUAGAGAGCAACCUACAGUUUGAAUACAUUGAUGACCCUAAGGUCUUCCGCAUUGAACCUGAGUGGAGCAUUGCAAGUGGUCACACAUCCCUUACAAUUACUGGUACCAACCUUGAUAUCAUACAGGAGCCAAGAAUUCGAGUGAAGUAUAAUGGCAAGGAAUCUGUGAAUGUAUGUAAGAUAGUUAAUGCUUCUUGUCUGAUGUGCUGGGCUCCAGCCCUUACUCCAGAAUAUCGUCCCGGACUGGAUGCUGUGGAGAGGCCAGACGAGUUUGGAUUUAUCUUUAAUAAUGUGCAGUCACUACUGAUCUUCAAUAAUACCAAAUUCAUCUAUUACCCCAACCCAACAUUUGAGCUUCUCAGCAUUACAGGCAUUCUUGAGCAAAAGCCCGGAUCUCCAAUUAUACUAAAGGGAAAGAAUCUGUGUCCACCUGCAGCAGGAGGGGUAAAACUGAAUUACACUGUUCUGAUUGGAGACACACCAUGUGAUGUCACUGUCUCGGAAACCCAGCUUCUUUGCGAGUCGCCUAAUCUUACUGGCCAACAUAAAGUGACUGUCCAUGUUGGUGGCAUGGUGUUUUCACCUGGUUCUAUCAAUGUGUUAUCAGAUAGCCUCCUAACUCUUCCUGCUAUUGUAAGCAUAGCUGCUGGUGGAAGCCUCCUUCUUAUCAUUGUCAUCAUUGUGUUAAUUGCCUACAAACGCAAGUCCAGAGAGAAUGACUUAACCUUGAAGAGACUGCAGAUGCAGAUGGACAACCUGGAGUCACGGGUAGCUCUAGAGUGCAAAGAAGCUUUUGCAGAACUGCAGACUGACAUCAAUGAAUUAACCAGUGACUUGGAUCGCUCAGGAAUCCCUUACCUGGAUUAUCGUACCUAUGCAAUGCGAGUGCUGUUCCCUGGCAUUGAAGAUCACCCUGUACUUCGGGAACUAGAGGUGUCGGGCAAAGGACAGCAGAGUGUGGAGAAAGCUUUAAAUUUGUUUGCUCAGUUGAUCAACAACAAGAUUUUCCUGUUAACUUUUAUCCGCACUCUGGAAAUGCAGCGUAGUUUUUCCAUGCGUGAUAGAGGGAACGUGGCAUCUCUAAUCAUGACUGUUCUACAAGGAAAGCUGGAAUAUGCCACAGAUGUUUUGAAACAACUACUGUCGGACCUAAUUGAGAAGAACUUGGAGAACAAGAAUCACCCCAAGCUUCUGUUGCGGAGGACAGAGUCUGUGGCAGAAAAGAUGCUGACUAAUUGGUUUGCUUUCCUUCUACACAAGUUUCUUAAGGAGUGUGCUGGGGAGCCCCUAUUCAUGUUGCAUUGUGCAAUCAAGCAACAGAUGGAGAAAGGACCUAUUGAUUCCAUCACUGGAGAAGCUCGCUACUCGCUUAGUGAAGAUAAACUAAUUCGACAACAAAUCGAAUACAAAACGCUGAUCUUGAAUUGUGUGAAUCCUGACAAUGAGAACAGCCCGGAGAUUCCAGUGAAAGUCUUAAACUGUGACACUAUCACACAGGUCAAGGAAAAGAUCUUGGAUGCAGUAUACAAAAAUGUACCAUUUUCUCAGAGGCCAAGAGCAGUUGAUAUGGACUUAGAGUGGAGACAAGGGCGGAUUGCAAGGGUUGUUUUGCAAGAUGAAGAUAUAACAACUAAGAUAGAAGGUGACUGGAAAAGGCUCAAUACCCUUAUGCACUACCAGGUCUCUGAUCGAUCGGUGGUGGCACUGGUACCCAAACAAACUUCAUCAUACAAUAUCCCAGCUUCAGCUAGCAUAUCACGAACUUCAAUCAGCAGAUAUGACUCCACAUUCCGAUAUACUGGCAGCCCCGAUAGUCUCCGGUCUCGUGCGCCUAUGAUAACUCCAGAUCUAGAAAGUGGUGUUAAAGUUUGGCAUCUGGUAAAAAACCAUGAGCAUGGAGAUCAGAAGGAGGGUGAUCGGGGGAGCAAGAUGGUAUCUGAAAUUUAUCUGACACGGCUUCUGGCCACUAAGGGAACAUUGCAAAAAUUUGUGGAUGAUUUGUUUGAAACAUUGUUCAGUACUGUGCAUCGUGGGAGUGCUCUGCCUCUUGCCAUCAAGUAUAUGUUUGACUUUCUGGAUGAACAGGCAGACAGACAUGGCAUCUAUGAUACGGAUGUAAGACACACGUGGAAAAGCAACUGCCUACCACUUCGGUUUUGGGUGAAUGUCAUUAAGAACCCUCAGUUUGUGUUUGACAUACACAAGGGUAGCAUCACAGAUGCCUGCCUGUCUGUUGUGGCACAGACAUUCAUGGACUCUUGUUCCACCUCAGAGCAUCGGCUUGGAAAAGAUUCCCCUAGCAACAAGCUUCUGUAUGCCAAGGAUAUUCCUAAUUACAAGAACUGGGUUGAAAGGUAUUAUGCUGACAUUGCCAAGCUCCCAGCCAUUAGUGAUCAAGACAUGAAUGCCUACCUCGCAGAGCAGUCUCGUAUGCAUGCAUCAGAGUUUAAUAUGCUAAGCGCUUUAAAUGAGAUCUACUCGUAUAUCACUAAAUACAGUGUGGAGCUAAUUACAGCCUUGGAAGAAGAUGAACAGGGGCGACGACACCGCUUAGCUUACAAAGUGGAGCAGCUGAUAGUGUCCAUGAGUUUUGACAGCUGAAUUAUAGCGCAACCUUUUAUCCACAAAAUGGAGACAGACUCCUGGUAAAGACUCGGAUAUAGAGCUGCAGGGUUCCCUGGACUUUCCUUCCAACUGUGAAAAAGUGAAUAAGGCAUGAGUUAGUCUAACAACUGAUUGCCUAACAGAAUGGAUGGGAAGGAAUGCAAACCUUCUCCAAAUUUCCAAUUUCCUCUGAAAGCCUGAAGAAGUCACUAGAAUUUCAGUGAGCCCAGCAGAACCUUGAUUGCAUGCGCAACAUAAAUUAAGAGACUGCAUAAAAAGAAAAGAUUCAACUUUUAUGUCUGUUGGUUCAGUUUGUUGUUUAACUUGUUUUUUCUUCAAAAGACUAUUUUUUUAUUUUUAUUUAUUGUUUUUUGGAUGGGUGAGAAAUGUGUUGAAGGAUACAUUGUUUUUUCACCCAAAAAGGAGAAAAAGGAACAGAAUUUUCAUAAAAGGCCACUCUUGGCUGAAUUUGCACUGGUUCAUCUGAUAACCUUAAUUAUAUGAGUGGGUGAUAUACCUCCACUACCAGCUGGUCUACUUGAGAACUUUAUAGCCUAAGUUGAAACUGUACUGAGUGUCACUUAAAUUCACCAGCUUAUUAUGUGAUGGAUUCCUUGUAGUAAGAGACAUUGGCCUAAUAACACAGCAAAAUGAUCAGUCUUUAUGAACCUGUAACAUAUUCUGUGCUGACACCAUGGCUUGCUUUCAAAGAAAGUUUUGAGAUCCUUGAAGAUGCGUAUAGCAGUUGGUCUUAAGAGAGCAUAAUAAUGUGCAUUAGUUUGUUUUCUUUCAUUCUACAAUCACUUUAGCGCAUUGAGAGGGUAUCGGUAUAAGAGAUUUUGAAAAAUGCCAUGUUAUGAAUCCCAGCUGAAUAUGGUCUGUUUAAAUUGUUAGCUGUAGACCAAUAGUUAUUUAACAGUUUUUGUUACAGGCAUGAUAAUCAAGCCUUUUUAUUAAUAAUAUGCAUAUGGUUUAUCAUAAUAACACUAUGCAUUGUGUUCAGUGGCUUAUGAAAGGAAGCUAUCGACAUAAAUACAGCACUGAAAUAUUUCUAAAUCUGUCAAAGCUAGUACAUAUUUUUCUGGGAUGAUAUUAUUUUUGAAAUAGACAUCCAUUGAGUACAUAAGAUACAUAUAUAUGAAAGCUUAUUUUUUUGUUGGCUUUUUUGCAGUUUGUGAUUUCUUUUUACACCAUUACUAAAGUUCCAUGUGUGCCAAAGGGGCUAUAAACUUACCUACCCAAAAGUACUAUAGUAGCCUUAUAAGUCAACAGGAUAAAAUAUAUUUAACAUUAAAAUGCCCAUAGAUGCUAUAAGACUAUGGAAUGUCUAAAACUGGAUAUAUUCCAAUUGGGGCCCUAGGCAACAAUAAUAUAUUUGGUCCCCUAGCUUACCUCAAACCAGGCUAAAGACAAACCUGUUUUUUUUUCUUUGUGUAUUAUUCACAUUGAAUCAAACCUUUUACAACGUAAAAAUCUGACUUCAGCACAGUUCUGUUAACUGUAAAAGGGGUUAAUGUACAAUAUGUUAAAUGUUGUUAUCAGCAAAGUACUGCCCUGUAGCAGGACAUUAAAAAUAUAGCUGAUUUGUUGGGAAAUGGAUUGCAUUCAAGUGCAUUCUUUGAAGAAUAUUUUGUUUUCACUAGGCAUGAUGUCAUACAAAGAUCCCCCCAAAAAUCUGAUUUUGAAAUAACACACAUGUACAGUAGACAUCUAAGAACAUAGGUUGAUCCAACAUGAUUAAAGAGCACAUUUCCAGAUUAUAAACAUUAAACUAUUUAUAGAUUCAUAACAAGCAGUGAAAAAGCUUUAACAUCUUGCUGGGAGUUAGUCCUUUAAUGACAUCAGUGACAGCGCAAAUCAGUGGCACCGGCUAAAUGCAUAUGUGUAGCAGCAUGGUGUUAACGAACACUACCAUGCGGCCACAUAUAUAAAUGUACAGCCAGUGAUAACAGGUUAAAACAAGACAUUCAUUACCUCUCUAAAUGCUUUUAUUGUAAAUGUAUUUUAUUUACAGAUUGCAACAAAGAUGAGUUGGUUUUGGUUGGUUGGUUUUUAGUAACUUUGCUAUUAGUUUACAUUAGAAGGCUGGCAGCUUUGAUAAGCUUUUGGUACAACAAAAAGUAUGGAGGGAAGUGUUAAGAUUUUAAUCCCGGUGUUGUGAACUUUGAAAAUUAAUUUCUUCACAAGGUUAGUGAAGAAAUUAGAAAUGAAUGAGGGAUUGUUUAAUAUGCUUUUACUGCUUGUUUAGAAUAUGUAAAUAUUUUAGUGUGCAUGAACUGGGUACAUCUUUCCUUUAACAUAAAAUAAUGAUAGAGCAGAACCACCAUUUUAUUUGUGUGCUGCUCAUAAAUCUGAUUCUUGGCAGUUAAAGUAUAUCCAAAGACAAAACUUUAAUGUUUAUCUGUCUUUCUUUUUUUUUUCUUUGCUUUUUUUUGGGGGGGGGGGGGGGAAUGAUAAUUAUAAUAAUAAUGAGGGGUGACAAUUCUUUUGUUGCUGCCUGUGUUCUAUUGGGGAGACUUUUCUUUUUUUGGUGUGGGAAAUGGUCUCUCCAAAGUAAGGGAAAUCAUCUUUGUUACUAUUCCUGACAUAUGGAAAAUUCUAAAUGUUUUACCUCACUUUGAGGCCCAAUGAUACUGGUCCCUAGGAUAAAUUGAAAGGAUGAAUCUCCCCAGUGGCGACACAGCAGUAAAAGUCUGGCAGAGGUCUAACCUUUACCUUGUCCAAAAUGGAAAAAUGUUUCCCUUAAAAUAUUUUAACCACUUGAAUCCCCAGUGCCAUUUUGAAAUGUCACUGGGAAAGCUAAUUAUCCCAGUGCUGUUGUAAAAUGGAACCCAACUGCUUUGUUCAUACACAUCUUUAUUUCCAAGAUUCCCCUGCUAAAAGUAUGUAAAGUAUUGUUUUUUUUUGGUCCUUUGUAUGACACCAUUCCUGAUGAAAACCGAUAAUUUGUAAAAGAUUACACAAAAAUAUACUGCAAAAUUGUACUUUCCAGAUGUAUUUAUUGGUACUGUACUUCUGAGGACUGUGUUAUGUUGAACUGUGCAAAAACCUCUUAUAUGGUUGUCUUCUCUUUCAAGCCUUUAAAGACCCCACUCUGCUCUAAUGUUACACCUAUGCAAAAAAGAGAACUGAUAAAUUAGCUGAAAAGUAAUGAGAGCAGAGGGUAAAAUGUGCUUUCUGCUUUCUGUUUGUAGUUGCGUGAGAAAUCUCAUCAUCAUUAUUUCUUCCCUGUGUACCUGUGUGCAGACUGAGGGACAGUCCAAAAUUGUAGUGUUACUGUUGGCUGUGUUUUGCUUUGAAGCAUUUGAACCAUGACCAUGGUCUCACAUAAUUUAAAACAAUAUUUACAGACAACGCUGUACAACCACUUUUACCUACAGGUAAGCCUAUAUUCAGGCUUACCUGUAGGUGCUGAAAAAAUUCUCCUAAACCUGCACGUUUUAGGAGAUAUUUUCAAUAUACCCGUGCGCCGAUGUCUGGCGCUUGCGCACCUUAGAAAGGGCACGAUCGUCCUGUUUCUAAAAGGGUCAUGCCGUGACUGGCAGCUCACGUGUAGCCAAGCAGUACAGCAUAGUUUAAUGCUGGUCAGGUGAUCUUAGUGGGAAAAAAAAACAUACAUCACAUGCAUCAGUAGGUUGUAUGUCUACACAUUUGUCUAGUUUUCUCUGACAUUAAUACAUUCCAAGUCCCAUACACAUAAAAUUACAAACUAUACCACUAUUCCACAGUCAAAUGUGGUAAUGACUGUCACUGUUGUAUGUGGGUAUGUUUACAUGAGCUCAUCAGCUUUCAUUUCUGUUGUUUUGUUGCUCACGUCAUCUUCAGAUAAAAAAAGCUGAUGAUCAUAAACAGUGUGGUUGGCUGUUGGGGAUUCUAUGUAGAUGGGCAAAUGCAGCAUGUUUUCAAGUGCUUUUCACUUUCUUUUGAGGUUCGUUUUAUAAGAUUUAGAGAUUCUUUUGUGAUUCUUCAGAGGUGCCAUUGACUGGCUGCUGACCUCAUAAGCCACACCAGGCAGUGUUUGCAUCCCCAUUGAUAUGUAUAGGGAAAAAAGCCAUUCUGAUGCAAACAAAUACCCAUAUACUCACAACUUUUGUGUGGCAUAAUAGGUCCACCUUGAGAUAAUGGCCGAAUGCAAGGUCCAUCUGAGGCCUGGACCUUCUAUAGGGAACCUAAAAGUCAAACAUAUCCCUAACCCAGUCACUAACUAAACAACGCAUUUAACUAAUAUGAGCUGAGAACGAUGGAAGACCAACCACAAAUUUCCAGUCCAGCUGGUUGAAUUGUCUUCCUGUGGUGGUGUUUUGAGGAUGUUAUUUGUAAUCCUCAGAUAAUUGCCUAAACCUAAUUGAACAUUUUAUUUAUAUUAUUUUCUUUAUUCUUUUCUGGAAAAAAAUGUUUUUGUUUUUUUAACAAGACAAUUAAAUAAUUUUUAAAUAAACAUCUAAGAGUUACCACUUCCAGCAGAUGUUGAGUUAGGAAAUGCAACUUUAGGUUUUCUGCAUAUUAUUUUACUGUAAGCUGUGAAUAGUCUGAAAAGUAUGCGUUAUGAAUAGGCCUGAAUGCAAGUGAUGGAAUCACACAAAAUCAGCUAAAUGUGACAGAGGAGGAAUAUCACCCCGCCUUCUUAAUUGGCAUAUUCAGAAUUAUAUGGAUCUUAAGUUUAACAGAGACAACAAGAUAAAGAGCAGUGCUAGGUUGCUCUGCAAAGUGUCAUAGAAUUGCCCUUCACUUAAUAUUUAUUUGUAAAAUACAGAUUUAUAAAAGUAAUAUAAAACAUUUAAAUGAUCCAUUUUCAAAUUUGUAAAUUAAAAAAAAAAAAAAAUUUCUCAAACAUCCCCUUGCUUGAUUAUGGUGUUAUAAUGUCUUUUUGAGCCUCUCAGGAUAUUUACAGCAGAGCCCUUGAAAGGAAUAAGUUAGAGGAAUUCUGCUUUUUAAAGUUAGGAUAAGCUAAUAUAUUGAUAUUUUAACAGUCCAUAUUUCCAAUAAUAUGAUACAUUUUGUAGCUAGGAAUGUCAAAUAAAACACCACUGAGUGAAACAAGUAAUUAUUUCACAAAAGUGUUUAGUUACAUUGCAAACAAUCCACUGUGCAGGUUACAGAAUUUAUAUGUAUAUGUCGUUGCGAUGUUAAAUUGAUUGUGAAACAGGACAUUAUUAAGAAUUGACUGCCAUUCCUAGCUGUUAUUUUUUUAAAUGAGGGAUCUUAUAAGUGGCGGAUUGUGUUAAAUGUAGUAUUAUUCUGCAUUGUUCUCAGGCCAGCGAAUGCCAUAGUGUUAGGCUAAAAAGAACACAAUUGUUGAAUUUACAUUAUGCACUUUUUAUGAAACGUGUUUUACAGCUACUGCAAAAGCUAGGGAUCCAUCCCCUGCCACUAAUACAGUGCCAUAUAAAUUGUUAUGCCCCAUAUGCUAAAACAUGAGUACAUAUUGCAAAAUAAUAAUAAUCUUAAAUCUAGCUAAACUUUUGCUAUGGUCUGAGCCAGGUCUGUGGGGAAGCUGAGGGCUGCACCUAAAUGGGCACACAUUGAAGUGUAAUAAUAUAGGUAAUAGUUGUAUUACUAGGACCGUGCGUUUUAAACUAGCUGUAGUAGAACGCACGCAUGUGAUAUUACCAAUCAGAAAAUAUUGUAUAACAUGAGCUAGAUGUGCUUUAGCCACACUUAAAUCAGAUCUAAGCUUGGGCACUUCAAAGAUGGAAGUCAAGUCUGCUGUAACUGACAGCUUUUUUCAUGGAAAUUCUGCAGCCGUUCUUUUGCCAAAUUCCUCUUUGGUAUUCAUUCUGCACUACUCUAUUACGCUAUUAAAAGACAGCACUUCUUGUUUCUAGAACUUAGUCCUAUUCUCCAAAUGCCAUUUAUCUAAUCUAGUGAUAAAAAGCAGGAGUGGGUGGGAUAUGCUCCUAAUAAUUGAAAACUACUGAGAGGCUACUGUGAGGCUUGAAAAACAGAGUUUGCUUCGGCACUGUCAGGUUUGUUAAAUUACUUUACAGCUUCUAAUAGGGAAUUUAUAUGUUAAAUGUACAUUUUGUACCACAUUAGAUAGUACUAAUUAAACCCUGAUAAUAGGUAAAGUUAACAAUAUAAGUAUAGGUCUUUGUCAAAACUGCAGCAGCUUGUUCACAUCAAUCUACAAUAUCUACACAACUUCAUGUUGUUCAUAUUAUGUUGCCUUCCAAGCACUGCAUUUAAAUGUUUUAAGGGAAAUAACAGAGUUUUGUAACGCCAAGCAGUUUAUUAUGACUGAGAAAAGCCGAUAAACAAGUAUACAUUUAUGUACAAUUUGUUUUUUCAUAAGAACUAUGUUUGUCCUUAAAAGCCCAAAUGAAAUGAUGAACAUGGGAGCUAUGAGUGCCAAAUAACCAGUUAUGGCCACGCUCGCGCACAUUGUGAGUACAUUGUAAAAGUACCAAACACUGUAAAACACUUUUGCAUUUAGCAAAUUAUUAUUUUGCAAAAUGAAAAUAGAGUUGAAAAAAAAGUCAUAAUUUUCUCUCUUCCUAUAUCGUGUUUGUUAUGAUGAUAAUUUGUGAGGUUUCUCACAAGAUGCCUACAAGCAGGGGAUCCGUUACUAAGUAUUUGUGUCAUCAAAAUCAUUGCCCGCUAGGCCAUUUAAUGAUAUGUUUACAGCAACUAUUACUUGAAAUGUUGGAUAUUCAUUUGCUAUCUCUUUCUUUGUAAUCUUUGCUCUUGGAACACCUGCCUCAUGUAUAAUUUUAAAUUAGUAAUUUUAAGUCUGUUGCAACGUUUCCUAACUUACUGUUUUGUACAGUGAUAUAGCAAAUGUAAGUAGUAUCAGGGAAUCUCUCAAAGUCUUUAACUAGGUAAAUUAUGUUCAGAGAAGUGUUGUAGCCAAUAGAAAUUUGUUUGUGUCAAGGGUACUUUUUACGUACCAUCAGAAGAAUGUGACUUAUGCCACCCACUUUUUAAUGCAGCUUGCUAGUCUCCCACCUGCAGACCAAAGCCCCUUUUCACCGUCUGUUGCUGAGUCCCUCUUAAAACUAGGAGACCAAGUAACAUAUUGCUGGGCAAUAUUUGCUGGCCUCUUGCAUAUCAAAGGCUUUAUCUGUGUGUGAUGUUUGCAGUUGCUGAACUUUACUUCAGAAUAUACUGAUCCACUGUGUCUCCUGCAUUCCAGACUUUGUUAACCAUAUGCCUUCUUGCCAAAUCAAACUAAAUAGUUGCUGUAUUUUUGGUAGCUGAAUGAAAGUUGAACUGUAAUGUUUGUAUUUCAUUCAUGUCAGUUUAUGUUUGUUAUUUGAGUUAUCUACUCCCAAGUGUCAGAAGGCGGAAUAACAUUGCUGAUAAUAUUGAAGGGCAGAAAUGUUUGCCAAAAUCUGGAUGGUUCAUUACUACAUAGACUACUCUACUUUGCCACUGAUAAUGCUCUUGUUUCUCAGUGUGUCACAAGAUGAACCACACCAACCAAUCUGAUUGCUGAAUGUUGGGACACCCUGCUCUCCAGUUCUGCUGCACUUCUGUAAGAGUAUUGUGUCUUUGUUUUUGCCUAUUUUUUAUAUCUGCUUUGCUUCUUUUCUGUCAUUUUUACAGUUGUUGUGAAAAAAAUGUAAGAAAGUUUUAAUUAUUUAAAAACUGUUCGGAGACAAAAAAAGUUUUGUUAUUAUUUUAAUAUAUUAUUGUGUACCUAUUGUAAAUAUGAAACACUCCUAUUUUGCAAGCCAAGGACCCACUUUGUACUAUUGUUAUAUAUAAAUAAAGUUUACUGGAAAAAUGU